GCGUUAAAGGCUGGAGACUGUGGCUCUGCACAGCAUCUUUCGGGAACGAGGCAGUUCUUCGCAACGCGCUGAUGUCCGCCGUACAGGCUAGCGCGGUCAUGCUGUCCCCACAUUACCAUUCCCAUUCGCCACCAUUUUUGCUGCCGCCGUCUCGUUUUAAAGGCACUCACCGCUGAGUCGUCUGCUCUGGUUUCAAGUGCUGGGCAACGCGUCGCAUCGCAGUCGACGCCGCCUUAUACUUGCCAUCGGGACACGUGUAACCAACUGGGUGGAUAGAUCACCGAUUCGCCACGCGCCAUGUUUACUGAGCCGUGGUAUCUCACAGUUGUCCGUACACAUGGGGUCCUCUUCAUCCAGCCAGAGAAGUCGUGGAGGCCCGUCGUCACGGUGGUCGUGGUAGACACGCACCAGAUACACGAAAUUGUCCUUGGAUGUGACGGCCAAAAUCCCAACUUGAAAACCCCAUUCGUUCUACGUGAUGUCCACCAUGAUUCGCGUUUGGACAUCAAGGUCUGGCACAAAUCACACGGCAAGAAUCGCAAAAAGAAACAUCUUAUAGGAUCAGCCUACGUAUCGCUGGGCGAGCUCUUCAAAAAUUCCAGCGCGGGCAGAAAUAUAGACAUCCGCCUGAACUGCCCACCACCUCAAAAGAGAAGCCCUACGGUUGGAAGCCGGCAAAAGCAUAGUGCUAUGCUCGCGGUCAGAUUGCACGCGCCCCGGUCGUUGUCAUCGUCCUCGUCCAUCACUGCAGUCGAAUCCCAGCCUGCGUCCGACCAUGAAGACGGAUAUUCGUCGGCAUGUUCAUCAAGAACGGGACUUAGGAAUGCGCAGCCAUCUUCAAUGGACGAGUCGAGUGUUCCCUCGAAGGAGCAACUGGUGGACAGUACUGGCAAAAGUGGCGAUCAGCUGAUACGUAGACGAAAACCGCGGCCCAAAGGCUUCCGCAUCUACUCCGACGAUGAGAUAGAAAGCUUAUCAGACGAGUCUACAUACGUCACAACACCCCGGAAGGAAUACUUUCCUUCUUUUCCAGAGGAUGAGCGCGAGGUCUUGAAUUGGAUUGACGAAAAGCCUUCGCCGAGCUCGCCGUGGAACUUGAUUUCUAGCAGUGCCCUUCCAGUGUCCCUGCACGACAGAAUCGCGGAACGCCCCCUUUCGUUAGCAGAGAUGUUGGUGGAUCGACAUGCACCAUAUGUCGAACUAAGACAUGCUCAGGUUGACGCCGACUUUGAAAAGGUGCUGGCUAGGUUGAUGGCGGAGUGGUAUACAGUCGGUGGCGCUCUGUUGGCACUCGCUGGCAUUGAUGCGACGAUCUUCGGGCUUGCUCCAGGCUCGAUCUUCGCCAUCGAUAGCCUGGCACAGAGAGCGGUCGCAUUCGGGGCAGUCUGCUCCGGUCUUGGUAUCCUGAUCGACUCGAUAUUCAUACUGCUCUACAGUGGUGCUGAUGCUGAAAAGUUUCAGCGCAUCGCACUAGACGUGUACAAGUCAUAUUUCUUCUUCUGCCUGACAUGCAGGCUCCCGACGCUCUGCCUGUGCAUGUCGGCAGGCACGCUCAUGGUUUUCCUGCUUGCUGUGGCUUGGACGGCAUGGCCAGCUGCGGUGCUCGCGCUAUCAUUCAUAGGAGGCUUGCUAUUCACGUUACAAUACCUCGUGUAUGGGUGCGAUCGGUUGGGCAGGCUCUGCGGUAGAGCUAUCUUGAGAAUAUGGAGGCUUCUGCGGCCUGCCCGUGCCACGGAUGGGGAUACAAGUCACGCUGCCAUACCAGAAAGCACCCGCGCAAUACCAGAGGGCAACUGCGCGACACAAAUAGAGGUCACUGACAAUGCAGGCACAUCGUAA